CCAGAGGUCUCUUCAUCGUCCCCCCACCCCACCCCGCCAGGCGUCGGGGCAAACCUAGAGAAGCUCCGCCAGGCGGCGUGGGUGGGAGAAGCGCCGGGCGGACGGGCGAGGCUCCCUGCGCUCGAGCUCUCCGCAAUGGCUCGGAGGCAGGAGGAGCAGAGGGCGGGAGCGCCCUUGAUGGCGGAAGGCAAGUCCGACGCGGAGGUUAAGCUCAUUCUGUACCACUGGACGCAUUCCUUCAGCUCUCAAAAGGUGCGUUUGGUAAUUGCUGAAAAGGCAUUGAAGUGCGAGGAACAUGAUGUAAGUCUGCCCCUGAGUGAGCACAAUGAGCCUUGGUUUAUGCGUUUGAACUCAACUGGAGAAGUGCCUGUCCUUAUCCACGGGGAAAACAUAAUUUGUGAGGCCACUCAGAUCAUUGAUUAUCUUGAACAGACUUUCCUGGAUGAAAGAACACCCAGGUUAAUGCCUGAUAAAGGAAGCAUGUAUUAUCCGCGAGUGCAACAUUACCGAGAGCUUCUGGACUCCUUGCCAAUGGAUGCCUAUACACAUGGCUGCAUUUUACACCCUGAGCUGACCGUGGACUCCAUGAUCCCAGCUUAUGCAACCACAAGGAUUCGCAGCCAAAUUGGUAACACAGAGUCCGAAUUGAAGAAACUUGCUGAAGAAAACCCUGAUUUACAGGAGGCAUACAUUGCCAAACAGAAACGGCUCAAAUCAAAGCUGCUUGAUCAUGACAAUGUCAAAUACUUGAAGAAAAUUCUUGAUGAGUUGGAGAAGGUCUUGGAUCAGGUUGAAACUGAGUUGCAAAGAAGAAAUGAAGAAACCCCAGAAGAGGGCCACCAGCCUUGGCUCUGCGGAGAAGCCUUUACCCUGGCAGAUGUCUCACUUGCUGUCACACUGCAUCGAUUGAAGUUCCUGGGUUUUGCAAGGAGGAAUUGGGGAAAUGGAAAGCGACCGAACUUGGAAACCUAUUACGAGCGUGUCUUGAAGAGAAAAACAUUUAACAAGGUUUUGGGACAUGUCAACAAUAUAUUAAUCUCUGCAGUGCUGCCAACAGCAUUCCGGGUGGCCAAGAAAAGGGCCCCAAAAGUUCUUGGCACCACCCUUGUGGUUGGUUUGCUUGCAGGAGUGGGAUAUUUUGCUUUUAUGCUUUUCAGAAAGAGACUUGGCAGCGUGAUAUUAGCGCUUAGACCCAGACCAAAUUAUUUCUAGGUUUGUUGGGAUAUGGAGGUGGCAGCUCAUCCAACCAUUCAGCUAGACCCUUGUCUACUCUUACAGACCCAGUGAGGAAUUGUCCUGGGCAAUUAGUGAAAAGCAUAAUUUACUUUACUCUUUGAGUAGUUUAUGUGGGGAGAGGAGGUUAUGAAAAUGUUUUUGUAGGUUGGUAAUUGAGAUGACUUAUUUGCAAACCUAAACUAAUUCAUUCUGAAGACAAGUGCAAGGUUAAGAUACGUCAAAUGCUGACAGGUAGGACAUAGACCUUAAAACCAAAAUGCCAUUCAAGUUUUGAAUUCUCUUUUUGGGAGAAGGUUAUGAUAAACAGACAAUAAUAAUAGCCCACGACCACACAUAGCUUUUAAUCUGAGAUUCUCUGAAUAUACUGUGUUGAGUUGUUAAGAGUAUCUUCUCCUGGAACUCAGAAGUCAUCCUUGUUACAGGAGAAACUAGGGAAAUUCUGUACCAACUCAUGGGUCCAGACAGCAACAGAGUAAAGCACUGCUUCAUCCUGUCCUACUAGCUUCAGGCAGAAAUGAGUGAGGCGAAGGAGAAGGAAAAACAGGAGAAUGAAAUCUGCGUAGUGUACAGCAGUUGAUUCUAAUCUCCAAUUGCUUCCAGUGUCACUUGCAGCUGCCUGGCUCCUUGGUAAACAUCACAUUUAACUUUUUGUGGCCACCACCCACACACACAUUCUUGUAAUUAAGAACUCUUGAGAAGAGAAAACUGGGAAGUUGGUGGGUGUUGUGGGUUGGAGAGAACCCCAGACUUUACAUACAUAGCACCUCAUUUGACCUUGAGUACUUAUGAACACGCUUAUUGAUUUAAUAAGAUUAAGUGAUUAUUUAUAUACAUGAACAUGUUUAUAUACAUUGGAACAUGUCUGUCUAGCAUUUACAUGUCUUUAAGUGAUGUUAAAAUGAUUCCCUAUGAUCCCCAAUUCCGUGGCACCUGUGAGAUAUUACUCCUGUAGACCAUUGUAUCCAGACCUAGGGUCUUGGCCUCUUGGGCCAUCUUUAUGCACAUAAAUGAUAUGUAGAUGAAUGUCCCAGGUAAUCAGCAGCAUGGCAUGCAGAUGGGUAGUGGACAUUUUGAUGAGUGCCAGAUAUGCUCAUUCUUCAUUUGGGAAGGCUGGUGCAUUAACAUACAAACUGUUGUUUAGGCCUUUUAUCUCUUUAUGAUCAUUGACCAAGCCUUAAGAAAUUGAAGAGGAAGAGAAAUGUAAAGCCUUAAUCCUUGGUAGUUGAUUUAGGGGACAUGAAAUAUAUAGUGAGUGAUACCCACCUGUGUUCAGCCAUGUAUAUACAGUCACUUUGGGGGAUACCGUAGUCCAUUUAGAAGAGACAGUCCCAGUGUUUCCCAAGAACAACCAUAGAACCUGCAGCAUUGAUAUGCCCAGGAAGGUAGUUUCUCUGGAGCUGGCCAUCAAUGCCUUGGGAGCAGUUUUGGGUGCCUGGUGGGUAGCUUGUGCAGAGAUGAUGAGCUAAGGUUCAUCAUUAUGUUACUCAUAAGUGAUAACAAAAGCUUGUAUGGACUGUCUCAGCUGGGCUGGGCAAGUAGGCAGAGAACGUACUGUCUUUUAUGAGUAGGAAGUAGACAUACCUGGGAAGCAGUGACCUUUUGAUGGUAAAGCUAUUCUGUAAUUCCAUUUUGACCUUAUAUUCCAUUCCAUGAUCUAGCUGUAUCAUAAAAACUUGACAAAUUGGAUAUUUUCAGUUUACAAAAAGUCAAUAAUACCUCCAGAAUGAACUCAGCCCAAUAACAGUGCACAUGCAGCUUGUGUAACGUCUUAAUUUUUCACAUCCAUGUUGUCACAUGGGAUGUCUGAAUCUGUCUAUUGCUGGGACAUUCUAAUCCUUGUGUUCAAAAGAGCCAUAGAAUUGAUUAUUCAGUAGUUCCUGUGUGUCACUCUGUUAGAAACAAGAAUUGAGACAUACAUAAAAAUGGAGUUUAAUAAAAAUCUGCAAGGAACAUUUUCCUGUGAAAGGGUUGUUGAUUAAGAAUAAAUAUUGGAAGCCUAAUAUUGGCUUUUCUUUUAGUAUAUAUUACUGAAUCAUAGGAAUCUACUAGGAAGUGUUUGCAGUUUUCUUAUACAGUAGAGAUACAUGUGUCAAUAUUAAAGGUGAGACAUCUAGUAUUCUCACUUGUUUCAUGGAUCUGUUUAAAAACAUUUGUUUAGCUAUGUAAUGUCCACUAGAUGUCACUGUUCAUCCAGUAGUCUAAGAUCAGGAGUUCAUUAGGUUCAGCCUUCUGAAAUGUUUCAAGGGAAGAUAAAACGCAAAUGACCUUAGUUUUUGAAAUGAGGGUAUCUUCAUCAAGAUUAUUCAUCUGCAAAAAAGCUUGAGGCAAGUUUAAUAUUGAUUUCUAAUGCUUUGUAAAUGAUAACAGCACAUAAUGUCAAGCUGAUGAGUUGAACAUAUUAGGUAAAUAGGCACUUUUACAUAUUUUUCAUAAUCAUUGGUUAAUAGCCACUGUGCUUCUCACUUUCCAAAAUUUGUAUAAAUAUUAGUAGACAAUGCCUGAGGUACUAAAGCUAUGUUGGCUAUUUAUGUCUUAACAACAGACUAUUUUAUUGUUAUCACAAUUGCUUGCUGGAUUUUUAGUAAUUAUUGUUAUUGACACCAGAAUUCUAAAUCUUUGGUGUUGUUGAAUGUUAUAAAGAGAUCAAGAUGCUAUUCUGCCUAUAAGAUCAAUAAAAGUAAUUGGAAAACAAAUAGGAGCCUUAAGACAAACUACUCAUUUUGUAAUCUUUUUUGGGAAAUGUAUUUAUUUAUUUAUUAUUUAAAAUCACUGCAUCAUGCAAUUAGAAAGGGUAAAAUAAUAAUUUCAGUAUUCAAGAUUUUUAGUUAUAGGAUGUCGUACUUUUCUUAAAGCAUAAAAAUUACCCAGUUUAUUGAAAUAGAUGCAAUUUUAUGGUUAAAAUGAAUGGCAAACUUGGACGGGGGUUGUAGCUUAGUGGAAGAGCGUUUGCCUAGCAUGUGUGAAGCACUGACUGGGUUCGAAUCUUAGCACCACAUAUAAAUAAAUAAAGGUCUAUCAACAACUAAAAGAUAUCUAAAAAAUAUUUAAAAAGUGAAUGGCAGCCUAAAGAAUAACAUAUUGAUCCUGGUUAUUAAAGUAGCUCUUUUGCAGCCAGGUGAGCAUGCACAUGGUGAACUCUAAGCAAAUAUUUAUCUUUGCAAAAGAGUUUUGUUACAUCUUUAGUAGAUUUUAUAUGUUACUCUUAGAAUAUUUAUGUGGACUUCUGAUAGUUUUUUUUUCUUUCAUGAAGUAUGGAUUAUGACUAUACAGAUAACCAUCUAUAUUUCUAGCCUUGGUAAGCUUUGCUUAUUCUUAUCAAAUAGAAAUUGAAUACUGGUUUUUUUUUCUUUUACCUUGAACUAAGCAAGUUAAGUAUAUGUGUAAGCUUGUCUUUUCUGAGUUUACAAACAAAAACAAAAGGCAAGAAUACUUAAUAUCCACAAAAGUCAAGUGAAUAUAUGAUAGUCUGCUCAGAAAAGAAAGUACUAUGUUAAAAGACAAAAUCAAAUUAAUGCAAUAAAUAAGUCAGUAUUUAGACAUAGCCUUUUUGUUAUUUGUCGAAUAUUGAUCCAUUUAUAUUGUUCUUUCUAUUUAUUCCAGAUUGUCUCACUUUUUUUAAUACUCAAGCACAGUUGUGUUUUACCAGGUAGGGUAGUAGAUUCCAAACCAAGUAAGAAAAUGUCAUUUCUGGUGUGAGCAUAAUCAUUUUGUUUUGAUUGUAUUUUAAUUAGGAAAGUGAAGUGAGAGGGAGAGAACUGUUUCAUGGGUUGGGAAAGUGGUGCAUUGAUGAAAGCAAUAUCCCUAUUACUGGCAUCUGAAUUGAGGUGUGGAUUUUUGUUUUAGGAGGGAGGAAGGAUUGACAGGUGAGAAGGUAGUGAGAUAGUGCAGGCCUCCAGGUAGAGAAACAACACCAUAGAGAGCUUGAGAUAAAAUGUGCCUAUGAUGGGCCUUGAUACAUUGUUUGAUUCAAGUGGAAUGGUGUAUUUCAUUCACAGUACUUUAUCAAACUCUUUUGGGAAAAUUAUAAGUUUUUUUUUUGUCUUCAAACUUUUACUUUAGACACUCUUAUAUCUUGGGUUCUUGAUCACAAUAUGCUGUCAUUAAACUCCCUCAAUGUAAGAAGCCCGUCGUAGGGGUAAACAUGCAAAGGGUUAGGUAGCAGUAAAAUUCAUAUUUACAUGUAUAAUUCCUAAUCAAAUAAGUAAAUUUUUGGGCAUAUGGUUGGCAUGUAUAAGCAUCACUUUUUCUACCAUAUUAAACUGUAUUUUGAGAUUCAAUAACAUUCCAUAAAAGAAAUGAACAUCAUAUAAAGGACACAUUUUCAGAGAUUCUGUACUAAGUUUAGUGCAUAAAAAAUGUUUGCAAUAAGAAAAUGCUAGGUGCCAAGAAUUAUUAGUACUAAAAGAAGUGGCUAAAUUGCAAAAAUAGCCACAAAAUCUCAUUAUUUCACUUAUUCCCUUGUGCUGUAAUGUUACCUUCCUAUCAAGAAAUAGCGUCUACAGAGCAAGACUAUGUGAGGCUUGCCAGAGAGUACAUACUAAAGACAUUAGGCACCAUAUAAUGCUGAAGGUCAUUGGAGGUCCAUUCCAGGCAGAGUAGAGGGCUUCAAAACCUCAUUAAUUCCCCCUGGUAGAAAUAAGGACUGUGCCUUAGAGUAUAGUUUACAAGGGUUUUCAAUCUCGACAGUGUUGAUAUUGUGGGCCUGAUAAUUCCUUGUGUGGAGCUGUGCUGUGUGUUGUAGGGUUUUGGCCUGCAUUCUAGGCCUCUGCCCACUGAGUGCUAGUAAUGUUCUCCACCCUAGUUGUGCAACCCCAAAUGUCUUAACAUAUUGCCAGAUGUCACCUGGGGAGAAUAUCAUCUUUAACUGAACACCAUUACUCUAUACCCACUGCAACAAACCCUAACACUAAGCCAUGACAAGACCGCAGAGGCAACAUAUUUUGGAGGUUGAUUCCUGCCAAGUUAUAGGUAAAUGGGAAACAUGUUGGGGUUCUACAUGUUCUCCACAACAAAACAUAAGAUCAAACCUAGCCAAUUUGAAGAUGGCUAGCCAUUAAGUGAGUUGCCUACUAGAACAAGAAUCAACAGUCUUCAAAAGGAAGAUAAUAGAUAGAAUCCAGUCUCUAUCACUAACAAUAUCCAGUAGAUGGUUACUAGACAAGCAAAAUAGUGGGUGAUAGUCAAUAAAAAAGUAUUAGUAAGUAGAAACAGAAAGAUGUGAACAAAUGUUGGAUUUAGCAAAGACUUUAAAAUGGCUAACAAAUAGUUUUGCUUGUAGAAUUAAAACAAAAUGUACUCUGAUUGAGUCAACACACAGGAAAUCUUAGCAGAGAAAUAAACAUUGAAAAAGAGUAAAUGGAAGUUCUAGAAUAGAAAAGUACCAUACCUAAAAUGAAAAAUUCACCAAAUGGGCAUCACAGCUAUUAGAUUUGUGAAGUGUAGUAUCAGUGUCAGGAGAGAUAUGCCCAGUGUAAAGUAACAAGUGGGAAGAAGAAAGUGGUGUCAAAUGUGAAGUAGUACAAAUUUUCCCCCUAUGGUACUGGGGAUUGAACCCAGGGCUUUGAACAUGCUAGGCAAGUUCUGACCUAUAUCCAUAGCCUGAAGUAAUAAAAAUUUGAUUCUAGAUAGAUUCUGAUAAGCUAAGGAUGCAUUGUUAGCUCUGGAAGAAAACUAAAAAUUAAUUUAAAAAUAGCAAAGAAAACAAUAGAAUAAAUAGAAAUAAAAUACCAGUGAAAGAGCACAACCAAGAAACAGAAGGGACAAAUGGAAAACAAAUAGUAAGACUGUAGAUGCGAACACAUACCCAUAAUUACGUUAUACUAAAUAACAUUAUAUGUAAAAUGUUCCAAUUGCAGGUCAGAGAUCAUCAGAUUAGAUCCAUAGGAACACACAAGUAUAUUCUGUCUAUAGGAGUUCCAUUUUAAAGAUAUAAAUUGAAUAUCAGUGUAUGUAAAGUGACAUACCAGGCAAAUAGCACAAGAAAUUGUGUGGAUAUAUAAAUUUCAUAAAGUAACAAGGAGCUGAAAGAUGGACAUUUAUAAAUCACAAAAGGAAUAAUUCACUAGGAAAACAUAACACCCAUAAAUAUAUAUUUAUCUAAAAACAAACAUUCAAAAUUUAUGUAGCCAGAAUAGACAGAACUAUGAUGGAAAAAGUAGUUGGAGAUGUUAUCACCAUUCAUUCAGUAAUUAAUAGAAGAAGUAGACAGAUAUUUAGUUUGGGUCUAAAGAUCUGAGCAUACUAUUAACUAACUUGAGCUAAUUGACUAAAAACAUUAUCAGUAACUGGGAUAAACAUUUUUUUUUCAAGUGCAUGUGGAAUGUUUAUUAAGGCAGAUAUGUACUAGACCAUAAAACAAUUCUCAGUAAAUUUCCAAAAAUUUUCAUAUUGCAGAAUAUAUUCUAUAGCCAGGGCAGAACAAAAUAAAAAAUAAUCAAAAUAUUUAGAAAAUUUCCAAAUAUUUGGAAAUUAAAUAACAAAGGCCUAAGUAACUCAUGGCCUAAGUAACCCAUGAAAGAAGAAAUCCUGAAGGAAUAAGGAAAUAUUUUGAUUUGAAUGUUCGUGAAAAUGCAACAUUUUUAAAUUUAUGGGAUACAGCAAAGACAAUGGUUAGAGGGAAAUUUAUAACUUUAAAUGCCUAUAUUAGAUGAGAAGAAGAGAAGUAAGGCUUAAACAUUUGUUAAUUAGUAUAAUAGUUCUACAAACUUAUGGGACUCAGUAUGGUAUUUUGAAGUAUGUAUAUGAUAUUUAAUGAAUGAUAGUUGUGAUGUAAAUUUCCACUUAAAGAGCUACUGACAGAAGAGUAAGUUAAGCCCAAAACAAACAGAAAAAGUAAUUAUCAGUGCAGAAAUUUACAAUAUAGAAACAGAAAAAUUAGCAAAGUUUAAAAUUCAUCCCUUGAAGGAUAAAAUUGAUAAACUCUAACAGGAUCAUUCAGGAACAGAGAUCUGUACACUACCAACAUCACAAAUAAGAGAAGGAAUGUCAUUGCAUAGCCUAUGGAUAUUAGUGGAAAAAUUUAAAAAUGUUAAAAACAAAUUGUAUCAAUUAACAACUAAAUGAAACACAACUUCUCAAGAGUAACUCAAGAAGUGGGAAAUUGGAAUAGCCAUGGAUCUAUUAAAGACCUAUUAUUUGUAAUUUUUUUCUACAAAGGACACUCAAGUCCUCCAUAAUUUCAUCUGUAAUUUCUAUAAAAAAUUAUGUAAAAAUUACACCAAUCAUAACACAAACCUUUUCAGAAAAUAGAAAAGUGUUUCCAAAACUAGUGAGACCAGUGUAACCCAGAUGCCAAAAUCUAACAAAGAUUUGCAAGAGAAGAAUUUAGAGACCAAGUAUUCCUCAUGAACACAGAUUCAGAAAUUCUUAAUAAAAUAUUAUCAGAUUGAGUCCAUUAAAAUACAAAAAUAUGUAUCAUACAUAUGGCCAAGUAGAGUUUAUUUAAGUAAUGCAAGCUUGGUUUAAUCUUUGAAAAUUAUAAUGUAGUUAACCGUAUUAAGUGAAUAAGAUUUACACAUGACCAUCUCAUUAAAUGCAGAAAAAGAUUUUUAUAAUAUUCAACACAUGUUCAAGAUAAAAACAUUCAACAUAGUAGGAAUAGAAGUACUUCUUUAACCUGAUAAAUCCCUAAAAAAGCCAAAGAUAAUAUACUUAGUGGGAAAGACUGAGGUUUCCAGCUUACAGCUUGGGAAUAGGACAAAUAUAUCUACUUUUAUCACUUCUAUUCAUUUUUCUAUUGGAAUAAUAACCAGAAAAUAAUGCAACUAUGAGAAAUAAAAGGCAUCAAAUUGAAAAGAAAGAAGAAAAGGUUUCUAUUUUUAACUGACAUAUUGUCUAUAUUAAAAAAUCCUAAGGAUUCUUCUAAAAAGCACUUAGAAAUAUCAAGUGAAGUUAUCAAGGUCACAUGUAGGGCAUGAUGUAACAUGUGGGGCAUGUUGCAUCAGAAAAGAGGAAACCUAACUUUCUAGCUUGCUACCCGCUUCUGGGUCCUGGGGCCACAUGUGGCUAGAUGGCGCCUGGCUAUCAGCCAGGAGGCGGUGCUGUCGGUGGUGACGAAAAAUCAGACCACCUCUAGGGCUCAGAACCCUUCCGCUCUCGUGGACAGCUCAUGUCUCCCAUUAUGGCCUAUAGGAUGGGUGUACAUGUAACCUCUCCCCACCCUGCUGACCUUUAUCCUGAUUGGCUCCUGUAAAUUAUAUUAGCUGUGUGUUUUCUCAUUAAGCAAGAUCCUGCUUUGACUGGUGUCCCUGGCACAUCUGAUUGUCCUCUGGCGAGGGAGGGCUGGGUGCAGGCCGCCAGCCGACGUUUACCUUUCGUGGCUCCUCCUGGUUGGGGAGUGCUUUCCUCACUUCUCCUGCUGGUCAGGAGGAAACGGGGGCUAAAAACCCCAACAGUCACAGAAUGCAACUCAGUUGUAUUUAUACAUACUAGAAAUAUACAAUUGCAAUAUAAAAUCAAAAAUUUCUUUCACAGAGCAUCACAAAAGAUAAAAUGCUUAGGAUUUAACAGAUGUGUAAGAUACGUAAAGUGAAAAGCUGAAAUAAUUGAUAAAAGGUUUUAAAGAAGACCUACACAGAGAGAUAUGCAAUAUGAAUGGAUUGGAAGAUCAAUAGUUAGGAAGUCCAUUCUCCCCAAAUGUAUUUAUAGAUUUGAUAAUGUGCUAACCAACAUCCCAGCUGUUUUCUUCCCUUUUAAAUAGGAACUGACGACUUACAUUUAAAUGAAAGUGAAAUAGACAUAGAGUAGCUAAAACAAUUUUGAGAUAGAACAAAGUUGGAGGAUUUGCAUUGUUUUAAAUCAAGACUUAAAUCUAUAGCUUUCAACUUAGUAUAGUAUUAGCAUAAAGGUUAAUGGCACAGCAUAAACAAUCCAGAAUAGACCUUCUAUGUAUGAUCUACUGUUUCCUCUCUCUUAAGAACAGGAGCCAAUUUAUUUUACUGGAGAUACUGAAAUAACCAGAUAGCCAUAUUAAAAACAUAUACCUCAACAUUAAUUUUAAACUAUAUGUAAAAAUUAUCUUGAAUUUUGUCAUGAAAUUAAAAGCUAAACUACAAAAGCUAAACUACAAAACUUCUACAGGAAAAUAAAGGAGAGUUUUUGCUACUUUGGGAUGGGGAAAGAGAGGACAUAAGUACUCACCCCCAAAAUGAUAAAUUAGACUUUAUGAAAAUUGCACUUCUUGCUUUCUAAAGGACACCAUUAAGAAAAUGAAAAGGUAAACUUCUGGAUGGAAGAAAAUAUUCAUAAUAUAUGUAUCUACAAAGGACUUACAGUCAAAAUACAGAAAAUAUUCUUACAGCUCAGUGAUAACAAACAACUAAAAAAUAGGCAUAAAACUUUGACAUUUUACA